AUGAGUGGUAUGCUAACUGCUACAGUAGCUAUACCUUUAGAUAAAGGUCUGACGUGACCUUCCUCCCAGUAUCUUCUUGGACCGUCCAUUCAACACCUUACAUGAACCUCCUCGGAAAGUCGAUACAAUGUUUUAUUCCAACCUGUCAAGGCCAAUCCAAGUAUAUCAAUGUGCGAAGGCAUGUAAAACUACAAGAGGAUGAAGGGGAGAAGCUAGAUUCGGAAACUGUGGCAGAAAAGAAUCAAUGCGGAGGCAUCACAAAAAAGGAGAGACUGGUUCCUUCAAUUGGACAACCUGGAACAUGUCGGGAAGCUCAAGUGAAGGCUAAUGGCUGUGAUGACCUCAAAAAUGACUAUACAACCACCGACUUGCAAUUUGCGACAAGGAUCGACACGUAA